AUGAAGGGACGAGCGCUGACCUGUGGAAUCGCUAUUCCCCGCCUUGCUCGCUGGAGCAUCAAGGGCAGGUGUGGUGUCCAUGCGUCUCACUAUCAUCCCCACCUGGUGGUUGGCACUGCUGACGGAUCCUGUUCUACGAUGAACACGCCGAAAUCAACACCGUAG